UUAGAGAGGAACAGCUGGACGGGCCGCCGUGUGGGUCGCCUCACCUUUAGAGCUUUGGACCCUUGGACCCCUGGACCCUUGGACCCUGUGUCUGUGCUGAUGCUUCAAAACACGCUCACGGACACAACAGCAGGUGGAGGAUGACCACCUGAGUGACCCCGCCGGCGGGGCAGCUGAAUUUGAGUGAUUUCGCCGUGUGUUUCGCCUGAGGAGAGCCGGGCAAAUGAAGACUCAAGUAAAAGUAAAAGGAUCUGAAAAACAACUUGAGUGGAAGUCCAAGCAUAGCAGAGAUGGAUCCAGCUGUGGGACCCCCACCCCCUGCUUCCCCCUCUGUAGCGUCUCUUGUGUCUGCACACGCCCCUCCUUCAGUGUCCACCUCCUCAACCCCUGAUUCGUCCACUCGAGUGUCUCUGCCCCCUCGUCCUGCCCUGCAGAGAGGGCGCUCUCAGCUUAACGCAGCCAGGGAUGUUACUAUGGCGACUGAAAACCUGCCAUCUGCUGGACGUCCUCCACAGGCAGCUUCAUCUCCUGCAGGGGACAUUCCAGAGGGGCUGAACUUAGAGGAACUUAUGCAGAGAGCUAAGAAUGGAGACUCCAAAGCCCAGACAGAGAUUGGCAGGCAUUACCUACGACUGUCUGAGCUGGAGGAUGAAGAAGUGAACAGCGUCACUGCCGUAACGUGGCUUCUGCAAGCAGCAAAAAAUGGCCGCAGGGAUGCUGUGAAACUGCUGCAGUGGUGCCUACAUCAACGAAAAGGCAUCACGGCGGAGAACAGGGAGGAUGUGCGCACCCUGGCAUCUGAGUCACGUUUUGAGCGCAGUGUUAGAAAAGCAGCUCUGUGCAUGUACUGGAAACUCAAUCCAGAAAGGAAGAGAACGGUGACCGCUUCAGAACUACUGGAAAACAUAAGCCAGGUCAACACGGAAACAGAUGGUGCCUGUAACAACCUACUUUCAAGCUCUACUCUGAAACAGAGGAAGGUCUUGGAGAGCCUUGUCUCAAGUGAUGGAACUCACUAUGUAGGUGUAGAAGAGUUUGUUGAAAACACUAAGCGGUAUGCCCAAGGCAUCUCGCCAACACCAGCUCUUGACUCAGCUGCUGUUGAUGAUGAUGAUGAUGACGAAGAGCCUGUGAAGAACCCUGAUGAGCUGCCUCUGCAUCAGAAGAUACUGAAGUUUCCCCUCCACGCAGUGACCGAGGUAAAGGAAGUGUUAAUUGACUGGGCCUCUCGUGCUGGAAUGCAGUGGAUCAGCGCCCUCAUCCCCACUCACCAUGUCAACACCCUCAUUUUCUUCUUCAUCAUCUCCAACUUGACUCUGGACUUCUUCCUUCUCGUCAUUCCCCUCAUUAUCUUCUACCUCUCCUUCCUCUCGAUGGUCAUCUGCACGCUGAGGGUCUUCCAGAACAGCAAGGCCUGGGAGAACUUUGAAACACUGACUGCCAUGCUGGCUCAUUUUGAACCGGGCUUGGACCGGGAGCAAGCCGAAUCGAACUUCACGUGGACCCAUCUGGAACCUCACCUCUAUUUUCUGGUUUCCACACUUUUCCUCAUACUCUCGCUUCCUGUGGCAGAUAAGUCCUGGCUACCAUGCUCGGAGCUAGCCACAGUGGCGGUCUUCUUCACCGUGAGCAGCUACCUGAGCUUGCGUCCGGUGGCACAGCAACAUGCCAGACUUGCUUUUCUCACACAAGUCACCUCUGCCAUUUGCUCCUGUGCUAAUGAGCUGGUGGGGGGCUGGGUGUUCUGGCUGGUGGGAGGGUCAUGGUUCAAGGUGCCAAUUUGUGACUUGUUGGUGCUGCAUGUGGGUCUGCCUUGUAUUCUGUACCUUUACAUGCUGUACUUGUGUGGACGUAUGGGCAGUGCCCAGGGGUUUCAUGGGACCUACAGCAUGCUGCUGCCUUACCUACUUUGCUUCACAUGGUGCGAACUGUCUGUUACCCUUCUGCACGAGUCCACCGUGCUGGGACUCCUGCGCACUGCCGUAGGCUACUUUCUCUUCUUCUUUGCCCUGCCUGUGCUUUCUCUGGCCCUGGCAGCUGUGCUGCUGGUGCAGCUGAUGCAGUGGUUCCUUGCAUUGGAACUGGCCAAGAUGGCAGUGACUGUGUGUGUGUGCGUGCUGCCUGUUUUGCUUCGGUGGUGGACUCGUUUCAGCGUGUCUCCUCUUGCAGUGAUCAGAUCCCUACGGCACAGCAGCAUCGUCAAGUUGAUCCUGGUGUGGAUCUCGGCCCUGCUGCUCUUCAGCUGGUUCUAUGUUUACCGCUCAGAAGGCAUGAAAGUGUACAACUCCACCCUGACCUGGCAGCAGUACAGCGAGAUCUGUGGCCCUCGUGCAUGGAGGGAGCGCAACAUGGCACAUACGCAGAUCCUCUGCAGUCAUCUUGAGGGACACCGUGUCACCUGGGAGGGCCGUUUCAAGUAUGUCCGUGUGACGGAAAUGGAAAAUGGAGCGCAAGCGGUUGUCAACCUCCUGCCCGGCGUUAUAGCGGACUGGGUCCGCUGUCUUUAUGGUGAGGAGUAUCCAGCCUGUGACACUGCUCAGCUAGGGCCCACUGAACCACUCUGCCAAAUAAAGGCGCUCGCAAAUCACAGGUGCCAUGUGAAACGUUUUGACCGUUACAAGUUCGAAGUGACCAUGGGUAUGCCACAUGGGGAGAAGAAGGGGAAAGGAACGCAAGACACUGACGAUGCAACCAAAGACAUAGUGCUACGGGCAAGUAACGAGUUCCGUAGCGUGCUGUUGGCACUCAGCUCAGGCAGUGUCGUGGAGUUCAGCACUGUUCUGGAAGGCAGAUUGGGCAGCAAGUGGCCAGUGUUUGAGCUGAAGGCUCUUCACUGUAGAACUUGUACCUCUCCUUUGGUGCCAACACAACGGCAAGUCAAGAUAGAGCAGGACUGGAGGGUUAAUGCCCGCAGUGCCUUUGUCUUUGCCUUUAACUUCCUCUUCCAUCCCCUACUCACUGCUGAAGUAGAUGUUGCUGUGGCUACAGAAGUGGCCGUCUAAGCUUGGACAUUUGUUUUUAUUUUGGUAACCGGAAAUACAAAAGAGCAAGUGUGGCCUAAGGACUGACAUACCACACAUUGUCAAAGUUCUCCUGUCCAAACCGUCUGUUAAUGAUAACUACUUAGCAGUGAAUUUAUCCAGAAUACCUAUCCAGGUGACCUACAGUUCUCUUGGCGAGGAGGUCUAGUGAGAAAAUGAUGGGCCAUCUCGAUAAAACUGACCAGGUGUAUCUUAAAGAUAAUCCCAAAGGCAAAAUUCUUUUAGGAUGAUGUUGCCGUCUGAUGAAUUAAAUGAAGAUGCUUCAGGUCAUUUGGCCAGGAGCCUAAGUGAUAGUCAGGCUGCAGGGACUGGAUACUCUUUAUGGGCUGAUUUUCCUGGCCUGGACUAAAAGUUUUCAGUGGACAAAAACACUAUUGACAGAAGUACUUUAAGUUCAAGACAGCAUGGUACGAGUUUGGCCUUGGUUCUACCUAUGAAUGUGAAUUAGUGAGUGGGAGAAACGGGAAAACCUUCAGUAGUUGCUGCAAAAACCAAACAGCCAGAGAUAUAUAGACUAUAAGCCCUCGACUGUAUCAGUUAGGGGGCUUUUCCCCGGUUAGAGGACAAGAACCAAGAAUAGCAUUUACACAAAAUGUGCAUUUGGACGCGUGUGUGCUUGCAGCAGUUUGUGCUUUUCACCAAAGAUUUCACUUUUCAGAGAACACUGGGGAACAUGAGAACGUCAUAAAAGUGAAGACAACCAAAUGAAGGAUUAGCAUGUAGUCAGUUGUUUUUAUUAACAAUAUAGUGUCUUAUUUGGCGAUUUCAUGAUUAAUUUCCUUUGAAGACAGUGGUGUGGAUAUCUAAAAAAAAUAUUACUACUGUCUUAGAUAAGUAGAAAUGUGUGAAAUGUAUAUCUGAGGUUUUUUUUGUAAAUAUGUUAGAUAUAUUUUAAAGAAACAAAUGGGCCUUUUAGAGUAUUAUACAGGGAGAUUCACUUGAAAGAGGCCCCGAAUAUUCUGUAAUAACUCUCUCUAGGACAAAGCAAUCUGAAUGAAGCAACAUGCAGCGAGCUCCUCAGCAUAUGGAGCUCCAAACAAGCUGGGACGCCCCUGCAUCGGAGUGAUGAGGUAGGCGCUGGACAGCUGUCGCAACGUUUAACCUCCAUUUGCAGGUUCCGGGUGUAUACCCACAUACCCCUUCAUAUGUCUGGCAGCAAACGGAGAUCAUUUCCAGCAUCGCAUGUAAUGCAGUCAGUUACACGUACAUCACUGUAUGUAGUGUAUUUUUUAGGUUCAGGGUGCUUCAUCCUAACGGGAGUGGCAGCAGAAUAUUCGGGGCCUAUUUCAAGUGAAUCUCCCUGUAGAAGACCAAGUGCAUCUUUUUUUCUGUGUGCGUAAAAUCAACACUGUACAUCGGGGUGGGAAAAACUUAAACUUGGCGACAGAGUACAAUCGCUUAUUUUAUUUUGGAAGUUUUGAACUUGCGUGUUAUCAAAAUUAAAUUCUUGGACUCAGUUACAUUUCCAAGGAAACAUGCCUUUCACUCCUUGCAUUGUUCUUUAGACCUUCAAGGCCUUGAGAUUUUAUUUUUUCUUCUUAGCAGUCAGUUCAGUUCCUACACAUUCAUUACUUUUUUAUUAAACAUGUGACCAAAUUCACAUGUAUGUAAAAUGAAAUUGCCUGCAAGUAUGUGAAUUUGCCUUUGUGCAAAGAACAUUAGACACUGUAUCACACAUCAGUGCAUCACAUAUCUCCAAACAAUACAUCCUGACAUUUUGACUCCAUGGUUCCACUUUCGAUGAAGAUUUUGAUGCAAUACUUUCAUAUAACUAUUGUUUUUCUGCCUUUUUUCCACCCCUGCUAGAACAUUCUCCUAUAGUUUGUAAAGCCAACAGUAACAGUUGUUAUUACAUCAGCAGAUUUAUGGAGCGUAGACCAAGUGAAUCGAAGUACUGUGCAUGGUGAGUCAAUGUCUUUAUUGAAAACUUCAACAUUUGCACUUGAAAUCAGUCUCUGGUUGUAGGUUGUUUAUGAAAGCAACCACCAUCGAUCUGGCUGAUGACCAUCACUGCAUAAUGUAACACAUUCGAUAAUCUACUGUUUUUAGACAGACGGAGAUACGCCACCCUCCCACACAAACAAAGGCAGUCUGCUCACCUUCCUCCUGAGCUGGUCUCUGCUCCUAUGAUUGCAGUGUACGACUGUUCACUACUGUGAUGUUGCACUACAAGGAAUAAACCAUAAUUUAGUCGA